AUGAUGAGCCCGACUUCCAUCCUAGACAGCAAGUCCUUCUCCGGCCUAAAAAACCCAUUAUCCCCUGAACUCGCUUCUCCCGCCGCCGCCGACGCUCCCAAGCGGAGCCAGUACUGGGAAAACCUCGAUUCCCCUAAAAUCGGGCUCGGCCUUGUCGACGUUCUUUUCUCCGAUCAGAACAAGAGCCCCCCAAAUUCAUCAACAAAAUUACCCGCCGAGAGCCGAAUGGUUCUGUUCGGGUCCCAACUCAAGAUUCAGAUCCCUUCUUCCUUGCUCUCCCUCCCGCCUUCUUCCCCAGCAGCAGGGUCUUCCCCCAGAUCUCCGGCCGAUUUCGGGAUCAAAAGGAGGAACUCUCAAUUGGGAAGCUCUUUCUCCUCCUCCGGUCUAUCCCCAUCCCCCAUACUGAAAUCCACGACGUUCGGGUCGGACAAUUCGGGUCUGGACGCCUCGAACUCACCGCCGCAGCGGGUCUUCACCGCCGGCGAAAUGGAGCUUUCCGAGGACUAUACCUGCAUCAUCUCCCACGGCCCCAUCCCGAAAACCACUUUACUUUCUUGUGAAAAUGAGUUGGACCAUGGUAGAAAAUUAAAAUUUAUUUUAUUUAUUAUUUUUUAA